CCCCAAACUAACACACGAAUAGCUCUCUCCACCAGCCUGGUACUGGUCCUUCUCCUGGCUGAGGAUUCAGCACUUUGUUAAACACACACAGAGGCCAGAUCCCCACACCAGCCACCCGACAGAGACCCAACACCCAUCACUGAGGCCCGGCUGUUCACACUCACCUCCAGAAGAUGAUGCUGCACGUAACUAUCCUGGCAGUGGUCCUGUUGGGAUCGUGUUGGGCGGCCCCACCGCUUGACGUGAACCCUGCAGAUUUAGACCUGGAGAACUACGAUGUGGACUCAGAUACGUGGGAUCUGAACAUCCACGGAGAAACGUAUGACUAUGAUGACCUGAACGAGGAGAUUGAGGUCGACACUGUAGCUCCUCCCCCUGCUGUCACUCAACCACCUCCUGUGAUCAUUCCUGAGGACUACACAGAAGAAGUGACCCUCCCACCACGGACCACCAACCCUCAGGUCCCGCCCACCCUGGACUUCCUGGGCCCGGGCCUGUUCGGCCCCGAGACCGGGCUGGGGAUGCCCGUGUGUCUGCUGUGUGUUUGCAUCAGUGGAAGUGUGUACUGCGACGAGUCCGACCUAACCACGAUCCCCCCUCUGCCCAAAAAAACCACACACUUCUAUGCCCGCUUCAACAAAAUCACAGAGGUCAAGCCCAAGGACUUUCUCAACCAGAAUGAGCUGAAGCGGAUUGAUCUCACUGGGAAUCAGAUCACGUCGCUGGCGGAGGACGCCUUCAGAUCUCUCCCGCAGCUCCAGGACCUGCUGCUGGUGGACAACAAAAUCCGGGCUCUUCCCGAGCUGCCAGCCACCAUGCGGCACAUCGACCUCCGCAACAACCGGCUGCAGAGCGCCGGCAUGCACCGGGAGGCCUUUAAGGAAAUGAAAGAGCUGCAGUUCCUGUACCUGUCCGACAACCAGUUAGACUACAUCCCGGGCCCGCUGCCCGACAGUCUACGAGUUCUUCACCUACAGAACAACAACAUCCAGAGCCUGAACCAGGACACCUUCUGCAACAGCCACGACAUGAACUACGUCCGCAAGGCCCUGGAGGACAUCCGGCUGGACGGAAACCCUGUAGACAUCAACCAGUACGCCCAGGCCUACGUGUGCCUCCCGCGGCUGCCCGUAGGGACCCCGCGCUGAGCAGGGGUCUUAUUAUUAGUCCAGCCCCGGAGGAGACAACUGAUGUUUUGAUGUCUCUCUCUAUAAUUUACCUAGAAUUUUUUAAAUGAUCACUACAGUUUGCUUUCUGGAUUGUUAUAACUCCAUUAUUACAUAAUGCCAGUUUUUAGCUGCUACUUCUGUUCUUAAAAGCUCUGGAAAAAUCAGUUUCUCUGAUUUUGCUAUUUAUAGGUAUAUGUUUGAGAAAAAUGAACAUUGUUGUUUUAUUCUAUAAACUACAGACAACAUUUCUCCCAAAUUUCAAAUAAAAAUAUCGUCAUUUACAGCAUUUAUUUGCAGAAAAUCCAAAAUGGUUGAAAUAUAUAUAUAUAAAAAAAAGAUGCAGAGCUUUCAGACUUCAAAUAAUGCAAAGAAAACAAGUUCAUAAUGUAAAGUUUUAAGGGUUCAGAAAUCAUGUUUUUGGUGGAAUAACCCUGUUUUUAAUCACAGUUUAAUGCAUCUUGGCAUGUUCUCCUCCACCAGUCUUACACACUGCUUUUGGAUAACCUCAUGCUUUACACUCCUGGUGCCAAAAUUCAAGCAGUUCACACAGCUUGGUUUGAUGGCUUGUGAUCUUUCAGCUUCCUCUUGAUUGUUAUAUUCCAGAGGUUUUCAAUUUGGAGCAAUUGGAACCCACCUGGCCCUUGUUCCACCUGUGAGUCCCAUAUGAGCAUCUUAGCUGGGAAAAUUCAUGUCCAUGUUGGCUCCAUGUAUGGACUCUCAUUGGGAUCAACGAUGGGACCAGAAGGGGUUACUAAAUAUUGGGCCACAUCAGGGUUUUACACUCCAUAUGAUGCCUAGAUUGGACCCUUGGAGCAAUUGGAACCCACCUUACCCAUGUGAGCCCCCUAAGAGUGUGUUUGCUGAGGAUUUGCUGCUAUUGGUUCUAAUUUUCCUGUAUUUCUAAACUCAGAAACUGGUCAAUUUGCUCCACAACAGCAUGUUUAAGUGGAAUAUAAGAGGUGGGACCACCAACAACACGUUUUCUAUCCAAUCAAAGAAGGAGAAGACAGGGUUUCUCCAGCUCUGCAACUCCUCUUGCUCUACUACAGUCCCCCCACUAGAUGGUGAUCAGCUCCCAGUGUUGGAAUGUGUCCUUCAGUCAGUCUUCUUCACACAUGCAAUCUAUCAGGAGCCCACCUACCAUAUAUUUACAUAUUUAAACACAGACCUGUCAUAAAGUGUGCUAUUAAGACUUCUUUAUAAUUGGCCUACAGCCCAAUUCUGCCUCGUACAAGACUCCUCUAAACCGAAUCGCUAAAAACCAAGCACUAAGAGUCGACUCCCUGUUCAGAUGGCAUGUAUAUAGCGACAGCUCAGCUAUAGCAUCUAUUUAUAAUAACUGGAUUGGUUGAUGUAGCGCAGGUGGAUGCAGGGGUUACUUAGCAACUCUCAAAUAUUUAUAGUUUGACAUUUACACAUGCGCACUGCCUAACCAUGAAUGCACACGUUUUCCUUCUCAGCGGGAGUCUGGAUCUGUAAUCAUGCUGUAAUGCAUAAAGCUCUGCAGUGUUAAUAAAGAGUUCACGAUCGUCCAAAAA